AUGGCGGACGGAGGCGAGUUGACUGCUGCAGCAGCUACAGGUGAUUUGAAGGUCUGUUUUCUGAAAGCUACUUUUUUAUUAUACGUAGAUGUGAACUUGAACUAUACAAGUAUUGUGAAAGCUAUACUUAAAAGGCGGCCUGUUUUUUUUUUUCAGGCGGUGAAAACCAUUAUAGACCGCGGUGUUGAUGUGAAUUCGUAUUCCCCAGAGGGUUUUAGACCCUUAUGUAUUGCAGCUUUCUGGGCGUACAACGACAUUGUUCAGUUAUUACUUGACCGGGGGUAAGCAUUAUUUUGUAAAGUUAAUGGGCUAGAUUGCAGAAUACCCGGCCCACUGAUUUGGUUAGAUUUAUUGGGGGUGGGGGCAAUCACGAGCGCAGAAGGCGCGAGCUGCUAGAGGGGUCCGGGGACAUGCUCUCCCAGAAAAUUUUGAAAUAUAGGGUCUCUGAAAUAGCAUUUUCAGCCUUCCGAGAGCAUUAAUUUCCAGCAAUUUUUAACUGGCUAAAAUCAUGGAUCGGAUAUGUCAGUAUUGUAUGAUAAAUAUUUAACCACUUGCGUGUCAAAAGUAUUGGGGGUCCCAGGCCCCCCAGGCCCCUCCCUAUGCUACGGCACUAUUUCUUAAUUACAAGAUAAGCAUCUACAGCUGAGGUUGAUUCAGGUUUUUCACUGCAAGUUAAAUAGCCCUGAACACUUUGAGUUUGUUUUUACAGCUUACUGUAAUAAUUAAUAUUGUCUUCUGAUCAUGACCAAUCACAAUAAAGUUCAGAACCUACAAGUAAACUUGAAAACUAAAAGGUUUACUGUUUACCUGACUGGCUUUUCCUUGCAACACAAUAACAUUUCUGAAAUAUUUCUGGUAUUCUCACCCAGUUUUCUGAGUUUUACAGUAAAAGUUUUUUCUUAAUAUUAACAGAGCUGAUGUCAAUGCAUCUAACAGAGGUACAAAUUGGACAGCUCUUCACUGUGCUACAUUUCAAGGACAUGGUAAAGUUGUUAUGACACUAAUGAAUCACAACCCAGACCUAACAAUCAGAGAUAAUCUUGGCAGGUAAAUAAAAUUAUUGUUAAAAGCUGAGUUGGAAGUUUAAGUGAAUAAAGUUGAGUAGCCAGAAUUGUGUUGAGCAACAUUAAAAUAUUCACCUGCAUUUCUGAUUUUAGGCCUUUUUUAUGUAUUUGAUUAUUCUUAUACCAUUAUAUAUUUCAUUAAAUAACAUUUCCAUCAGAGCUGAGAGAAGUUUUAUUGAUAGCACUUCUAUUCUGACCUAGUGUCAUUAUGCAUCAGUCAAUUCCAAGACUACCAUGGGGCAUUUGCCCAUCUUUUGAUUCUACUGAGUGGGGUCAUUAGCAAAUUUUUGCAUUGCCUGGAGGUCAGCAUUUGCCAGCCCUGAGGCCACCCCGAAAGGACAGACUACGUCACUUGGGUACUUACAGGUGCUUUCGGAAUUUUCAUUCACAGGAAAAUAAAUGUGUGUGUAAUAGUUUUCUUGUAAACAACAACAACAACAACAACAAAUGAAUAAUGAGACUGAAAUCAACUGACUCUGAGGGAAAGUAUUCUUGUUUCUCCCAUUAAUAAUAAUAUACUAGAUGUAGAAAGUGUAACCAAGAUGCAUAAUGUGUCAGUAAAAUUGAAUCAAUAAUAUUUCACUUUCAGAUCAGCUGUGGAUUUUGCCUCAGCACUUGAUACAAUUUGGCCAUUUUUUGCAGGUUUGUUAUCUGGGUUUAAUUGUGGGCGACAAGAGGAGCUCGCAGUCCUAAUCUCCGGGCUGAUAUCACGCAUGCAUCACAUGUAUGUAGCCAGCAUUCAUUUGGACUUCCACUAAGAAUGAAUAUGGAAUGCAAGGAACGUGAUUUGAUCACUCGAGUUUGGACCUUCUAUCACUUGUAAUCUGAUUACAUGCGUUUUAACCAUCUAUCACAAGAAACUUGGGCAAAGCACAGUGUUGGAGCAAAAGCGUUUUGAUCUUCGAUCAUUGUCGCCCGCACCUUGAACCUUUUAUUACUACUAGCAUUAUUAUUAUUAAUUUUUUUAAUCUCUUUGGACUUGCCCAGUGAGGAUGAGUGGGAAUGACUAGAAAAGUUUAAGACAGUCGUGAUGAUCAGCAGCAAGGAUUGUCAUGUCCAUUGUAGUGGUUCUUUUACAUUCUUCAGGAGUCAAAUCAGUGAAAUGUUGUGAGAUGAGGCCACAUGAAGACCAGUUUAAUGCCCAACCAUUUGCAGAUGUCACAGCAAAGGCAGCUCAUUCCCUUCAGUUGUUUUAAGAUCAUAUUAAGGUUGUGGCCAGGAAUCAAACUUGGGCUUAUUGCUCUGAAGUCUGCCCUAUCAAUGGAGCUAAUAAUAGUUAUUAAUUUCCCCAUUUUACUUCAGCGAUCACCAACAAAAGGAGCGAGGUAGAAGCCUCAGUAGAUAAUGUACACAAAUCACUUGUGCUCUUGUCUUAGGAAUGCAGGAAAGGUCAAUUAAGCUAACCUGAGUUACUAAGUCAGCGAUUAAGUAUACUUGUAGCAGGAAACGUAAUUAUAAGUCUUGGCAAGAAGUACUUAAUACAGAAAAUUUUGUUUCUUUUUCUGUUUCCAUUCUAGAAAUUUUGGAAAUGUUUUGGUUUUGUCUUUCUUUCCAUCUGCAAUCCUUAAUCUUUUUGCUGACCAUGUCUGGAUUUUAUAGCAAAUGUCUGUUUCACAAGUCUUGCAUUUUUCCAUCAACCAUUUCUAGCUAUCAGCUGAGAAAUUUUUGUCCAAGUUUAACUUUCUUAAUGAUUUUAUAUAAUAAACAAUAUUAUUUUGUUCCAAUUUACAGCUGCUGGGUGCAGAAGAACAUCUAAAGCUGACCUCAUCAGAAUGGACAUUGUGAAGAAGGUAAUUUCCUAAUAAAUGUUGCUCAAAAGGUGUUUCUGAUAGUGCACACAGUGGAUACAUGUUACAUUCUGUGGGUCAAGCCUCCUGUUCAUAUUAUUUGAAUCAUGGUGACCUUUCUCCUUCGCAGCCAUUUUUAGGGUCAUCAUGCAAUUUAUUCUUCUCCCCAGAAUCAGCUGUUUGUACAGGUGUUUGUGGUGAUGAACAUUGGGUGCUGACACUAAAAAACUAAAAAUCCUAAGGCUACGAGGGAGAUUAGGCAAUGUGUACUUUGACAGGUGAAGUGUCGUGCCCAAUUAUUUUAGCCCUGCCAUAGAUAGUAUUAGUGUUUUUCCUUUUUAUUGUGUUUAAUAAGUGUAUAACCAGCCACCAUCACCUAAUAAUGCCUUUUCAAGAUAUUUUAAAUGAGGUUUAGUUGAAUCAAUUAAUGUUGUUUUUGUGGUAUAAACCUCAGUUCAAUCUCCAAAGCCACAAGUAGGUUGAACUGAAGCCAUUUUAACCUCAAUGUCAAAUUAAGUGGGCUGCCUUUGAACUUACAGGUUAAGGACAGACUUUUGUUUUACAGGACUGGCUUUCACAAUUUAUUAAGACUAAGAAAUGAUAAAAUGUUAGUGUCUUACUGUGUAAAUUGCUUACUUGCCAGUGAAAUAUAAUAUAUCUGUCAAAUGUGGCUCAAGUUGGUUACUGGCCCUAUAUUUGAUUUUAGGUUGAAGUAAAAGAUAACAAAGUCCCAAGUUCAGAGAAAGCAUACUUCUCCCGACCUGGUUCAGCCUAUGUGUUUAAAACACAGUCACUGUACGGUAGCCAGACACAACACAGCUAUCAGGUAUACUGUCUGGUAUUAUGUUUGAAAUAAAUAAAUAAAUAAUAAUAAUAAUAAUAAUAAUAAUAAUAAUAUUAAUAAUAAUAAUAAUGAUUAUAAUAAUAAUUAAAACACAAAAACUUAAAUUAUUAUUUAACCUCCCUUAGGCCUUAGACAGAUUUCAUGAGGGAGUAGUAUACAUACUUAUAGUUACUUUGCCAGUAAGUGAUGGCAGAAGAGUUUUAACAUAUUUUUCUCUAUGUUGUUGAUUGUCUCCUACACAUUGUAUGAGCAAUGGGAAGUUUUAAUUAACUUACUGUCAACAUAUCGUGCCAAAACUACAUUCACUUUUAUGUAAUCUGCAACCUUCCUGAAUGGCUUAUGCAGUACAGAAUAGUUUUGUGAUAGUGGGUGUAAGCGAGAGUAAAGUGGCAACAUUAAUUAAGCAGCGACAUUUAGCACUGCUUUAACACUGUUUUAGAAUAUUUGAAAACUGUAACCAUUUUUCAGCACACUUUAAUCUCUGGCUUCUGAUACUCGAUGGAUUCAUGAAUGCUGCAGAAUGGGCGCAUAAGCACUGUGCAACCAAAAAAGUGAAGUCAGGCAGUCGCUGCAAGAGCGCUGCUCGGCUCAUACGAGUAGUGUAGUAUGUGAAAAGAAUUAGCGUCAAGUCAUACAUAAGUGCACUUGCAGGUGGAAAAAGCUGCAAACAAAACUUUUCUGGAGAGUGUUAUCAACUCCCAAGUUUUGUUUGCUUUUUAAUUUUGCUUUCAUGCACAAGUCAGAAUUACAAGAAGAGAAAAAUGUUGAUUAUUGGUUUUUUGAUCCUUUUUUUCAGCAACAGCUGGCUCUUAACAGUGGUGAUGUGUUGACUGCUAGUGAGACUUCAGCAUUAAACACUUCGAGAACAAAUAAUCCUGCUUUUUCAGUUUGGAGGAGUUGAUUGGAUUUGAUCUUCAUACAAGUUUUAUAAAUUAUUUAUGCAUGAAUUAAUAUCAGAGGCUCAGCUUUGACCUUCCUACUUAGAUAAUUCCCAACUUAUCUAGGAAGAUUGAAGCUCUUCUCAUAGGGUAAACUUCCUGAGACAGCCCUCACAAUAUAGCUGAAUUCAAAUUACUCUUGGCUCUCUGUUAAUGGCUGUAUACCCAAAACUAACCCCUACAGCUAGUUUCUUCUGUUCUACAGACACUGUCUUUGAUAAUCAAAGGAAACAAUGUGAAAGCAGAUUUUCUAUCCC